AUGUUGUUGUAUUCAGUGGCUAGUACUUCUCAUGACGAUUUCAUGAUGAGUCCAUCCUCUUCCUCCUCUCCGACCAAAAUGAAUCCAAGAAGACAAACAUUCUCUUCAUCACAUCCUCAUCAUCAACGAGCGAGUAUCACCAGCACCAGCACCACCAUCACAAGCUCUUUAUGUCAUCCUCAUACGUUGGAUCAUGAUGAUGCUUCCCUUCCUCCCCCAACGAUCAAUACCAAUGUCAACAAGAAACGAUUUUCGAGGAGGUUCAAACAACCCUUAUUAUUUCAUGAAACUCAUAGGGCAUCGGAGACUUCCUUUGAUAGUUUCACACAAAUGAUUGGAGAGGCUCUCAAAGAUUGUAGUCAUGUCGAUUUUUCACUGUUCGAGAAUAGUAGCUCUCCUGCAGAUGUCAAUAAUGUGCAACGUGUCAACUCUUUAUCCCCAACCAUGACAGGAAACGUUACAACUAAUGGAAAUACUCUUGGUCAGAAUUCUCCCGAGAAACAACACCCGCCUGUGGUGUCGUCAACAAGCUGCCCAUCUUCCUCAACACAACAACAUGUUCAAGAUCUGAAGCAUGCCAAUUCUCCUUCUUCCCCUCAAAAAAUUAAGCAAAAAUCACCAACUUGCGACCAUGCAUCGACUCAAACCUCCUCCUCUCGAUUCAAGCUUUCCAGGUUGCUUAAAAACAGUUUUGAUUUGUUUAUUUCGAAAGAGAACUUCACUUCACAUGGUGACGAUUUUGAUAUUCAAAAACCCCCACUAAAGAACAAAACCAUUCCUCAUACAAAAUCUGCUCCUGAAUUAAGUCGACCUUUACCAACCACCACCACCGCUACCUCUUUGCCCAUAUCAUCAUGCAACAAUGAAAGUUCAAAUGUUUCGUCGUCUCUUCAACCCUCCACCACGAACGAGAUGACAAUGCUGUCUUUAUCCACUAUUGACGCAAGCUCACCACAGGAAUGCACUCUUUCUCAAAAUAACAAUGUUUCCAGCAUUGUAAAGUCCUAUUACAGUGUUGAGACGAUACUGGAACAUCCUGAUGGAAGAGAACUCUUGCGAGAAUUCAUGAAAAAGAGGUGCAAUGAAGAGUUGUUUCUCUAUUUGGAAGUUGUGAGGGCCUUUGAAAAAAUCAUUAAACAGAGUCAGAGCUAUAGAGCCAUGAUGGAUUCGACACCACCCAUUUCGACCAUGUUUACCUCAACAACAGUAGUGUUGACAGAAGAAUUUCUCAAGCUAAAAGAAUUCAAGCUCAUCUAUGAUCAAUUUAUAUCUUUAAAGAGUCCUCAUUGUAUGAAUAUUGAUCAUGCUUUGAGAGAUCGGAUAGAAAGUGUGUACAAACAGCUGCUUGAAAAGGUUAAUCAUGAUGCUGCUGGUGAUUAUCAUGAUUCAAAGCAAACAAUAUCACCCAACCCUAACCAACAACCACAUCUCGGUCGAAAUGAAAUGCUCAUUCAAACGAUUCAUGCAUGUUCCAUGUUUGACAAGAUUUCAGAGAGCUUGAAUUUGUUGCGUGUGACUAUUGAACUUCAAUUCAAGGAUGAAAUAUUUCCUCAAUUUAAAAAGACAAAAGAGUUUCAGAACUUGAUUCUUUCCAAAAUGAUUGAAUAA